AAAUAAAAACGUUUCUCCUUCUUCUAUUUCCCUCCACAACAAACAAAUAACCUCUUACCAACUCUUUUCUUCGUUUCUAUUUGUUUUCUUCUGUCUCAACUCUCUGUGGCAAUUUUAUUCAUAAAAUUUUAUCAAAAAUCUUAAACUGUUGGGAAAAGUAAACCAACAUGUUUUUUCUCAUGUCAAGAAGCUUCAAACAUGUAUCUUUGUUCUUCUUUUUGUUCAUUGCUUUCUCAAUGUUUGGAUCCAACUCUCAACUAUUACCACAAGAUGAAGUGAAAUUGCUACAAACAAUAUCAGACAAGGUACAUAACUUGAAUUGGAAGGUUACACAACGUUCUUGCAAUGGGGAUAAAGGAUUUGGUAACAAGAUUAUUGUUGGAGAUCAAAUUACAAGAAAUGUCACGUGUGAUUGUUCAUUCAAUGCUAGCACUGUUUGUCAUGUGACAAUGAUCUCGCUGAAGGGUCUCAAUAUAUCUGGAGUUUUUCCUAGUGAAUUUGGAAAUCUCACUCAACUCACAAUACUUGAUCUAACUCGGAAUUAUCUAAAUGGCUCAAUUCCAAAGAGUCUUGGUCGCCUCCCACUUGUCAGAAUGUCAUUUUUGGGAAAUCGACUUAGUGGUCAAAUUCCCUCAGAAAUUGGUGAUAUUGUCACCCUGCAAGAACUGAAUUUUGAGAAUAAUCGACUUGAAGGGCCUCUUCCUUCCAGCCUCGGAAAUUUGAAGAACUUGCAGAGAUUCAUGCUUUCUGCGAAUAAUUUUACAGGAUCAAUACCAGAAACAUUUGGAAAACUAAAGAAUCUCACUAAUUUUAGGAUCGAUGGAAGCAGUUUAUCUGGAAAGAUCCCGAGUUUUAUCGGAAACUGGACCAAAAUUGAAAGAUUGGAUUUGCAAGGCACAUCCAUGGAAGGUCCAAUUCCUCCUGCUAUAUCUGUCUUGACAAAGUUGAAGGAAUUGAGAAUAUCUGAUUUGAAGGGACAAACAACAAUGAAAUUUCCUGAUCUGAAGGAUCUGCAAAGCAUGACAAGACUGGAAUUGAGAAAUUGCUUAAUCACUGGUCCUAUUCCGGACUACAUCGGUGAGAUGGAAAAUCUAAAAACAUUAGAUUUGAGCUCCAACAGAUUAACUGGUCCAAUUCCAGAUUCACUUCAGGACUUGGACUUGGAAUCAAUUAACUUCGUGUUUCUGACUAACAACUCUCUGAGUGGAACAAUUCCAGGAUGGAUAGUGAACAACAAACAGUACUUUGAUUUAUCUUUCAACAAUUUUACUGACGCUGCUACAUCUAGUUGCCAGCCCUUGGAUGUAAACUUAGCUUCCAGUGUCUCUCCUUCAUCAAACACUUCAUUGUCUUGUUUGAAGAUGAACCUUCCUUGUUCGGGAAACCCUCGGUAUCAUUCACUCUUCAUAAAUUGUGGAGGACCUGCAACUGAAUUUGAAGGCAAUGAAUAUGAAGCCGACGAACAUUUACGUGGAAUUUCGACUUUUUUUCCUAGUGAUGAUGGAAAAUGGGCAUAUAGCAGCACAGGAGUAUUUCUUGGAAAUGAAAGAGCUGAUUAUGUGGCAAGAAAUACGUUCUCUUUGAAUAUCAAUGGUUCUGCAUACUACCAAACAGCCCGCAUUGCACCGAUAUCUCUUAAAUACUUUGGCCUUUGUAUGAUGAAAGGAAAUUAUAACGUGAAACUUCAUUUUGCUGAGAUAAUGUUUUCUAAUGACCAGACAUAUAGCAACCUUGGAAGGCGCAUAUUCGAUGUUUCAAUUCAAGGUUUUAAAUAUUUGAAAGAUUUUAACAUUAUGGAAGCAGCUGGUGGAGUUGGCAAGGGAAUCACUAGGGAUUUUAAUGUUGAUGUUAAUCAUAGUACCUUGGAAAUCCACUUAUCUUGGGCAGGGAAAGGAACUAAUGCCAUUCCUAUGAGAGGUGUAUAUGGACCUCUUAUAUCUGCUAUCACUGUCACCCCAAACUUUAAAAUUCCUUCAAAUGGAUUGUCUGCUGGAGCGAUUGUUGGAAUUGUGGUCGGAUCAUUGGCGGUUAUCAUUCUGAUACUCUUUGUCCUUUGGAAGAUGGGUUAUAUCUUUCGGAAGGAUCAAACAGAUAAAGAACUCCUAGAAUUAAAAACAGGUUAUUAUAGUUUGAGACAAAUUAAAGCUGCUACUAAUAACUUUGAUCCAGAAAAUAAGAUAGGCGAAGGAGGAUUUGGUCCUGUUUACAAGGGUGUACUGUCAGAUGGUGCUGUCAUUGCUGUUAAACAGCUCUCUUCCAAAUCAAAGCAAGGAAACCGUGAAUUCGUUAAUGAAAUAGGUAUGAUAUCAGCUUUGCAGCAUCCGAAUCUUGUGAAGCUUUAUGGAUGUUGCAUUGAAGGAAACCAAUUGCUGCUUGUAUAUGAGUACAUGGAGAACAAUAGUCUUGCUCGCGCUCUUUUCGGUAAACCGGAACAGAAGUUGAACUUGGACUGGAGCACGAGAAUGAAGAUAUGUGUCGGGAUAGCAAGAGGUUUAGCUUAUCUUCAUGAGGAAUCAAGGUUGAAAAUAGUUCACAGGGAUAUUAAGGCGACCAAUGUCUUACUUGAUAAGAAUCUAAAAGCAAAGAUCUCUGAUUUCGGUUUAGCCAAGCUUGAUGAAGAAGAAAAUACUCAUAUCAGCACGCGAAUAGCAGGGACAAUAGGUUACAUGGCUCCUGAGUAUGCUAUGCGGGGUUACUUGACCGACAAGGCAGAUGUCUAUAGCUUCGGAGUUGUAGCCUUAGAGAUUGUCAGCGGAAUGAGCAACACAAAUUAUCGGCCAAAAGAAGAGUUUGUUUAUCUUCUAGAUUGGGCCUAUGUUCUUCAAGAACAAGGAACCCUUCUAGAAUUGGUGGAUCCAAGUCUUGCUUCAAACUACUCACCAGAAGAAGCCAUGAGAAUGUUACAAUUGGCACUCCUUUGCACCAAUCCAUCGCCAACUCUUAGACCACCAAUGUCAUCUGUAGUUAGCAUGCUUGAAGGAAAUACACCGAUUCAAGCGUCAAUAAUCAAACGCAGCGAUAGUACAGCCGGAGCAAGAUUUAAAGCCUUUGAACUUCUAUCACAAGAUAGCCAAACUCAUGUUUCUUCAACAUUCUUACAAAAUAGUAAAGAUGGACCAUGGAUUGACUCUUCUGUAUCUUAUCCAAGUAAAGAUGAUUAUUCUUCAUCUGAUAAGCUUAUUUGAGGUUUGGUUGAUGUGUGGUUUGUAAGUUAGAGAGAUAUCAAUUCACAUUAAAUACAAAUUCUUUUGUAAAGUAUAUAUGGAUAGCAACAAUUUAGAGUGAAAACAUACUUGCAAAAAUGUAGUGUUGUAAAUCAAGCAUGUGGUUUUGAAAUGCAUAGAAGAUUUUCAUUUCUUCUUCCUAUUUGUUGAACAUACUUCUUCUAUAUAUAUUUUUUAUUUGGAAACA